AACUGGAAUCGAUUCCUAUCUACAAACCAGGAAGAGAUGGCAAAAUCCAUGCAAUUUGCAUUCAAUGACUGGAAGCUUCAAGGUCUAGAAGGGCAUACAUCUGGAAUAAGGGUUAUUGGCGCCAAUGAAUAUCAGCGUAUUUUAGCCACAGGUUCAAAGGAUCGAACUGUAAAAUUGUGGUCAUUGGAUAUCCAUAAGGCGAUAGAAAGCCCGGAAUUAACAGAAGCUGCGACUGGCUGUUUGAUGACUUAUAAUGGGCAUCGACGAGGGGCUGUAUAUGAUGUCCAUUUUACAACUGGAGGUGGGUCAUUUGGGACUGGAGAUAUUGUUGCAAGCUGUGACGGGCAAAUUCAUCUUUGGGAGCCAGAAACUGGAAAGACUAUGCAUCAGUUCAGCACAGGCAAGGCAUCUGUGGUGACAAUGGCGCCGAUCCACCAUUCGCGAUGUAUUGUUGCUGGCCAUGUUGACAACUCUUUGAGCUUUCUGGAUAGUCAUACGCAUUUAAACCUCCACAACUGGCGUACAACGAGCCAACUGGGUCUGUCAAUCAAAGCAUUGACGAUCAGCCCUGCAGAGACAUUGAUUGCGACUGGGUUUUCCAAUGGCACAGUGUCCUUGCUAGAGUCACGGACAGGGACAUUAGUGGGCAAUUGGCGAGCUUCAGACAAUGAAAUUACACAGAUGAAGUUUUACACAAACGACAUCUUGAUCACCUCAGCACCUGCUGAUCAUAGGGUAUGCAUAUGGAACGUUCACACCCUGAGCCUUAUCAAAUCAAUUCGCGGUACAUCUGAAAUUGUUUCACUGGAGAUCUUCAAGGAUGAGAUUAUUACUAUGCACCAUAGCAAUUUGAUAUCUUUUACGCCGAUAAAUGACGAUUCUCUGGCAUAUACGUCCAAGUUCAAGAGUUCGGCUAUUCGAUCAUCCAUUUCAUGCAUUAGUGUCCUACCCAUGAAUCAGCUUCUUGUCUUAGGCUGUAUAGAGGGCGAUCUUUACUUGUAUUCUUAA